UGCAACUAUAGACGACUGGCUUUCAACGCCAUACGACAACGACUCUAAUUUGAAUAGAUUUCAAGCACAUUUUGCCACGUAUCAUAACAGACUUCCGCUCUGACCAAUCGUACAAAAGAAAUGCACAACUCUAUUGCCCAUCAUAUGCUUCACAAUGCCAUUAUUGGCCCGGCUGAAAUAAAUCAUCCAUACUUCCAGGCUUUUAUAAAGGGAUUCAGACUUUCCUGCAAAAACCACUAUACCUUACCACAGAUUUCCCGCAGCUUUGCAGGAGGUUCCUAUGAAUUUGUUAUGCAUCUAUCAAAGACGAUGAUUAAGGAUUUGAAUUCGCUUCCAAUACGUUAUUUCAAUCAGACUACGGCUUCAACAAAUACGGUUCUUCAAAAUGCAUAUCGGGUAGUCUUUGGGGGAGAGUUUGUGUUUGAUGCAUGGUUUGAAGACUUCUUACUGGGAUUAGGAACGCCUUGCCCAACCUUACUCAACUCCGCCAAGGAUCGUUUCAGCUCGGUUGUAAAGCUAGAGGAUAUCUCAGAAAGCACAUUCCGGCUGCGUUCAUUUGCUUGGGCAAUAUCGGGUGUUCCUCGGCGUAUUCUGGAUUAUCUCAAGCUGGAGGUUUAUCUAGUUGAAGACGACGAUGCUCAAUAUGGGCCUGGAGAGGAGCACUCCGCGUCUUUACGACAAGAGUAUCUGCGGCAUGGAACUUGCUCCUUCCGUACUUGCCUGCGCGAAAUGCGCAUUCCUGCUUCUUAUCUUAUUCGACUUCUGAAUGCCAAUUAUUCUCCACAAUCCGAGCCCGCUACUGCUUAUCAAGCCAUUCAUAACUGGCUGCUCCUGCAGAUUCUUGAAGCAAUUGGGGAUUAUACCAUAAUUUAAUCUAUAUACAACCCCGUUUUGACAAUGCUAUAAUAUG